CAGACCAGACAAUCCCCCCGCGCACAGUGCGAGGCUGUAGGCUGUAGCACUUUGUUUCGCUAUAGUGAGCAAGUUGUUUGGAAGGAAGGGGACUAGUGGAGGAGCGCGCGCGAGAGAGAGAGAGAGAGAGAGAGAGAGACACAGAGAGAGAGAGACAGAGGAAGGGAGGGGGCGAGCUUGCAAAGGACAGAAGAGAGAAAGAAAGAGAGAGAGAGGGAAAGAGAAACAUCUCGUAAUGUCUCUCUUCUUCUUCUUCUUCUUCUUCUCCAUUUAGUGAACUCGCGGCGUUUCGCAGAUAAUGUCCGAGAAUGUCCAUUUCUGGGACUUUGAGCAACUAUUACGUGGACUCCAUCAUAAGUCACGAGAGCGAUGAACUCUCAACCCCGGCUCGCUUUCCCAGCGUCCAGUAUUCCAGCUCGAGCUCCGCCGCAGCCGCGGGCGGAAGGCAGCCCGGCGGAACGGAGCAUCCCGUUCCAGACUCGUACCCAUCAUGCAGCUUCCAACCGAAGCCUCCAGUCUUCUCGUCGUCCUGGAGCCCGUUCAGUCCACACCACGGUGCCAGUGGCCUCCCUACUGUCUACCACCCUUACAUCCCAGCCCAGCACGUGCCCGCCGCGGACACACGGUACCUACGCUCGUGGCUGGACUGCGCGCCGCGCGGCUCCGAAGCUGUCCUGGGGCAGGGCCAGACGGGGCAAGUCAAGCUGGAGCCUCAGCUCGGCCAUCUUGGCGUCGAGAUCCCACCCAAAAUCGGCGGUCAGCACCAGCACGAGACCACCACGUACAUUUUGGAGUCGACGUCCACGGCGGCGCGCGAUCUAAGCCACCAUCAGGCCGCCAUCCCGAGAGCAGGGUUUGAAGAAAAUAAGGACAUUUGUGAAGUGAGUGAGGACAAAGACGGCUUGGAUCAAAAUGACCCCUCGGCCAACUGGCUGCAUGCGCGCUCCUCCAGGAAGAAGCGGUGCCCGUACACCAAAUACCAGACGCUCGAGCUGGAGAAGGAAUUCCUGUUCAACAUGUACCUCACACGGGACCGGCGGCACGAGGUGGCGCGCGCACUCAACCUGACGGAGCGCCAGGUGAAGAUCUGGUUCCAGAACCGGAGGAUGAAAAUGAAGAAACAGAGCAAGGAUCAACCCAAGGACUAGCGGGAAUCUCACUCGCGGACGCACAUACACAUCCAGACACACACACACACGCACACACACACACACCUGCUAUUUCCAAUUUGUUUAAAUUUCCAGCCACUACAACGUAAGCUUCAGUCCUAAACCAAUCUAUACAACUGAUCAAAUGCUGUAUUGAUCACUAACAGUCUCUGAGGACGCCGCCAUGUUAACACUGAAGUCUUAAGAAGCUCGGAAACGCUACGUCUGGUGUUAGAAGGAGGACACUGUUGAACUUUGGAAUCAUUUAAGUUUGGAGUCAUGGAGGAUGAAAAAACUCAGAGACCAACAGCAAUCCCUCCUGGACCUCCUCUCGAUGAAAUAGGUCGGAUUCCAUAUAAAACUGCAGAUGGACCUGUUUGUUUGAAUAACUGAUAGCUCUUAUUUGUCCGACUUUUUCAUAGUUGUAUACUCUAUUAUUUAGGCUUUGAUAUUAGGCUGCAUUAUGGAAGCGAAGAAAGCAGCCAAUCGACUGGUAAUGCUAAAGAACUCUUCCUUUUAGUUAUUUAUUGUUUCGUCGCAGACGUCGGAGGCGCGCGGAAGUGCUGAAACCGAGGUUUCACGUGGACCAAUAAACAUGGAGCGGAGUGGGAUGAAGACACACAUACACACUCACACACACACACACACACACACACACACACACACAUACACACUCUGGUUCAUCCUUUUUCUUCUUUCUCUCUUUGCUGGCCGAAUUUGAUUAGAAAGCGCCCGAUGCUCGGCGUUGAUACAAGCAGGAAGCCGCCGUUUGUUUCCCGGUUGUCGAAUGUCUAAAUGUAACGAGCAGAUACCGGAGGGGUAGGACGAGUGAUGGGGUGCCAGGGAUGUUAACCCGACUCAGCAACCGGGGAUCCGCUAAGGCUGCUGUCGAUAUCGUUGAUCUCCACCCUUCAGCUUGCUCUCCAGAUGCUUUACGCGCUGCUCAUCUGAGGCCUUUAAUGACUGUCGAUAGUCGUCUUCAUGGGCCUGGUGUUAGCAGAGUUGAUAUGAGAGGAGAGUGCAGUACAAAGCACCAGAUUGUUUUAAUCAUAUCCCUCCUUGUUUAAAUUAGGCCUCAAGCAAGCAUCAGGACUCAGUUUUCUUCUCCAAUCCCGUGCCUACAUGCUUUCGCACCAGGCACUCUCAAAGAGCAUUAAACACAAGUGACACACGCGCUUCUUGACUAGACCGGCCAGGGCAAAACAUCUUUGGCUCAUAAUUCUUCCAGUUUACUUGCUAUUUGCAGUCAAGGUGUAACCAUUUUAAUUUUAUAUUCCAGUGCGCGAAGUCAUAUGCAUAUGUACACGAAGCACUGCUCAACAACCUUAUUCUCAGUCACCAUCCUUAAAUCUUUAUUCAAUAUGGUUCUGGCAUUGCAUCUUCAAAAAUGAUCAGCUCUAUUUUUAUACAUACAGAAAAUAUAUUGUGUAUUGUGCUAUGCAAGGCGGAUUUCCCACUCGUUACAGAAAAAAAAUACGGAUAAAAUAAUACCCUACCGUGUGCGCAACGGACUGAACAAAGAGCGAAAUACCCCGAUGCGCUACUUAAAUAGCUUUUUUUUCUGGAAAUAUUCCUAGAGGUUCUAUAACAAGUUUAUAUAAAAAAAUACAUAACAGAACACUUGAGAUUUAUUCCGAAAUUAUUUAGCAAUAGUGUAGAUUUACAUUUUACAGCUCGGGGUAUUAUGAAUAUCAGGUCAGACUUUAUGCAGACUUUUUAUUGAUCUGAAAGUGAAAAUAUGAAGAGGCCAUGUCGGAAGGCUGGCCUGCUACGGCGUUAUUUGAAGUGUCGACAUAGUUAAAUGGCGUCCGAUGGCAGUUUUAUGGACGGAUCAUAAACAACACAUUGGUUUUACAACGGUGUGUGCGUGCGCGCGUGUGUUGGGUGUUUGCGUGCGUGCAUGCGUUUGUGUGCGCGUGUAUGCGUAUGUGUGUGUGUGUGUGUGUGCUGUAGCCUAUUGCUGACCACAAAGGCUGCUUUUGCUUCCCCAUUGGAAACAUUUGACACACACAUAGUUUACGCACAGUUGCGCGGCCAUUGCCUCCAGUUUAGCUGAUGUUAUUUGUCAUUUGUAGUUUCCACGCAGCAAUGAACUGGUUAAAAGGAGCCUUUUUUGGCCAAGUCUUCAACAGAGAAGCGCUGCAAUUUCUCUAUAAGCAUCAAAUCUCUAUUUACGAGGAAAAAUGUUUACAUGGUUUUGCGCAUGCCUCAAGUCACUUGUCAUUUGAAGACGUUAUUUCGUCGUUUAGCUCUUAGUGUGUUACAUCUGUCGGAGGGGAAUGCUUCCUGAAAAUUUAAACAGACUUAAUAAAAGUUUCUUGACAGGACAUAUUUCUAAUUUAUUGUAUAUAAAGUGAGUAACCUCGUCUUUCGUAUUGGAAUGAGUUAAAUAUGCUAAAUAGUGUUUUGUCUUAUUGGGACAUGACAUGUUAUUGUAAUAUAGACGAUUUCUUUCUUUUUGUCUGUCAUGUUCUUUAGAUUCAGUUUUCCAUGUUGUGCCGACUGUCUCAAUGAUCUAUUAUGAUGUCAGUCCGAUGAGCUCUUUGUGUCUAUUUGUUUCAUGGUGAACAGUAAUGAGUUGUACUCUGCUAAGUAUUGGGACACAGAGGACGGAAAUGUUUGAUUAAAAAUGACGCAAAGCAUCUAUAUAAAUGAUACUUCUUAUUUUACAUACCUGACUCUGUUACUUUCCGCCAUUGCUAUGACUUUAGUCUCGCUUCCUGUCCCAGUAUGUACUCUCCUGACUGGAGGAACAAAAGUUUCUGGAGUUAUUAAUUUCUUUCCUGAUGAUAAAUAUGGACAGAGCUCCACAAGCCAUGUUAUGUUCCCUUCCCGUAUUUUUUUUAAUCAUGGAAAAUCUAAGCCAUGCGGCCGCAGUAAAGCUAUUAUUAACGAGCAGGCAAACUCCAGUCACUCUGAUCCUCUCCUCUCUGUGAAAUGUUCCAGUCCUUCUUGUAUGUUUUCCUCUCUUCUAUGUGUUGUUGUCUUUUUUUUUGUGCGAUGGCACUGCUGAUGCUGGAUUCCUAUUAAAGAAGAGAGUUUACAGUA